GAGGCGUCACGAGCAAAAAACUAUUUCCCUCUCUUUCGCACAAAACGAAUUCAAUAAUUUUUUUAGCUGUAUUUUAUAUACCUCUUCUCACCAAACAAUUUCAAAAUCAAACAAAAGCUGAUUUUAGACUUUUUUAAAUGUCAAAAGUGACACCUCUGUAUACUUUGUGCCGGUGAGUCAGUCUAACAAAUUGUUUCGAAAGGAGAAGAUCUUUUAACAAGACAUCAAUUUCAAUUGACGCAAGUUUCAAGUGAAUUGGAAAAUAUUAUAACGAAUUAUGUGUGGAAAACUACAUUUCAAGAAAUACAAAUCGCAAUGAAUCAAACACAAUCUGUAGUAUCGGAUACAAUGGAUGCAAUCAAUAAGUAUAUUUUUCAUGAAUACUAUGGCUAUGACUAUGAUAUAUGGCAUAGAAAAGGUUUACAUUUACAAAGUAAAAAUAUGGAAACUUUCUUAAAAUUAAAUAAAAAUAAUGUUAAAAAAUUGCAAUUAAUAGCUGACAAAGACCAAGAAGAGAAUCGCAGACAGAAUGUCUUACCUUUCACGCAAACAUUUCCAAAUCUUACUGAACUGUGCUGCUGGAAUAUGCAAUUGGAAAAUAGGGAUUUGCAAAGAAUAGCAGAGAAUUUUUUGAAACUGGAUACUUUGAUCCUAAAUAAUUGCUUCAGUCCAGAAGAUAAACCUUUAGAAAUUGGAAUUGAUAUUGAUAUUCAAACUAUUAAAGAUAUAAAAAAUUUGAACAAAUUAACUAUAAACACAUGGCCAUACUCGUCCUAUAAUGAUUUGAAUAAUGUUAAAAAUAUUAUUAAUCAAUUAAAAUUACUGCAGUUAACAUUAAAUGACAUUAAUAUUCGUUAUGGAUCCAAAAAUAAUAAAAUCGAUGUAAAUUUAAGAAAUUUAAAAUAUUACAAAGAACUAGAUAUGAGUCAAUUCAUAUUGUACAAAAUAAAUUUCUUGCCACACUUUGAAAAUCUUUGCAACUUAACCCUAAGGUGUGAGGAGGAUACUUAUAUUAAUGAAGAUUUUUUUGAUAGUUUAUUAAAAUCAUGUAAAUGUUUAACACGUUUACACUUGAUCCUAGGCCUUACUAAACAUUUCAAAGUAUUGCCUACAUUAAACGAACUUAUUCUCGAACACUGCGAUGGAUUAACUUAUUCAAAUUUGAAAACGAUAUUGAGUGGAAUUCAUUUAAAAUGUUUUAAAUCUCUAAGUACCACAUAUAAUGGAAAUUUUGAAUAUUUUUCUAUUUCGCCAUUAUUGCAAAAACUUGAAAUAAUUACUAAAGACACAAAUUUUACGAAGUUAUUAAAGUUUAAUGAAAAAAAUCUUAUAAACUUAAAAGAAUUGCUGUAUUAUACGAACAAUGAUGAACAAUUUGUUUUAAACUUAAAAGAAUUGCGGUAUGUUGUGAAGGGUGGUGAAAAGUUGAUGAUUUCAAAUUUUGGACAAAAUUUAAAUGUUCUGAAUAUUACUAGAGAUCAGUUAAUUGCUGAAGAUUUUUGGAAAUUUAAAUAUUUGCAUAAAUUAAAAAUAAAUGGUAUGAUUCUUAUGUCUGAGUUUAUGCUGCUGCUAAAACAUGGAAAUUUACACGAAUUAUCAAUUAGAAACAUUAAUCCUGGAAUAUUUAAGCAUGAAAUGAAAGCCUUUCCGACAAAUCUUCGGUAUCUUCGUUUAGAAUGCAAUAGAUUUGGUGACAUCGAAACUGUAGUUGAAGACGUUUUGCUUAAAUUAUUAAAUUUAAAUAAAGAAUUAUCUCUAGCGUUUCAGAAAUUUGUGUCAACAAAUUCAGUUGUUCAAAUAUCGCGUAAUAGAAACUUUCCAAAGCGAUUUAAGAAUAUUAAUGUUGGCGGUAUUUCAAUAGAUUGUAAUUCUAUUCGGAAUGAAUGUGAAGAAACCAUGAAUCUAAUAAGCAAUAUUAUACAAUCCUUUGAAAAGCGGGAUAUGGAUGCAUAUUUUAUACUACAAUAACAUAGACCAACAAAAUUUAAAAAAAAAAAAAAAAGUUGAAAAAAUAUUUAGCAGUGUUUAAAUACAUAUCUGGUCUCAGAAUUCCCCCAUCACAUCAAUUUUUUUGGCGAUAUCGAGUUCUAGAAACUGAAAACCCCCCGUUUUAGGUCACAUUUGAGAGCUUAUUAAAGCGGGAUGACGACCUCAUUUAUAAAAUUUUUUAUGGCGUCUGAAAGAAAGUCCAAUCUUUCCUCUAAUCUGUGUCAUAUCUUUAUCCUGCUUCGAGUUAUCUUAGCAUAAUGCUGGAUGUUCUCUUUAUGUUAUGGCAAAAAUUUCAUAGGACGAUGACUACCCAAGUAGGUACAAGAGAUAUUUACAUAAUUCAAAAAGGGCUUUAGUGUGGAAAAGGUAUGACAAAUUGAGACAUAUAAGUUUGUCAUAGAAUAAAGACGAAAUGGAGUUAAAAUUUGAAAAAAAAAAUUUUGGAGAUAUCGUGUCCUAAGAACUGAAAGGUCAUAUAUGAGACCUUAUAAAAGCGGAAAGACGACCUCAUUUAUAAAAUCUUUAAUAAAGUCUGAAAGACCAAUCUGUCGACUUCAAGAUAACCUCUAACCUCUGUCAUAUCUUUAUCCUUCCUCGAGUUAUCUUAACUUAAAGCUUAAUGUUGCCUUUAUUUUAGGGCAAAACUGAUCUUAUCAACAAAGAUACACCACUUACAUUCAACUCUCAUGUAUAGGCCGGAGGUUCGAAGUCUCUAUUGGAGCUACUCGACAGCAUACAGGAGAGGGCGAAGGUACUUAUCGGUGACUCUAUUGAUUCACUGGAUCACCGUCGCAACGUGGGAUGUAUUUCACUGUUCUAUCGAUACUAUAAUGGAAUAUGUUCCUCUGAAAUUACGGAACUUGUUCCCGAUACCCGUAUAUUUUUAGGCAACACACCCAUUUGUGGCAGAUUCGUAUUAAGCAAUGCUCAUAUCUUUAGAAAAGUAUACUUCGGUCUUUCGGUCAAAAAUUUGUUGGUCUGUGUAAUUAAUUAAUAUUUUUUUUAUUGUAAAACUUUUUGUUAUGAUAUUUAUGCAAAUUUUAAUAAAUUUAAGAAUCGAUAA